UCCUCGACCAUCCAUCACUGGCUCAAGAUGACGAGGCACGUGCUGACCCUCCUGCUGUGUCUCACUGGGGCAUGGGCGGACACGUGCGGUCCGUCAGGGCUGGUAUGCGGCCAAAUCUGCGAGUCGGCCGGAGCCAACAGCAGCUGCUCGUGCGUGCCCGGCUGGGCGCUCGCCGCCGACAAGCAGACGUGCGCAGUUUCUAAGAAGGCGCUUUGCUACAAAGUGGAAACGAAUUUCUUUGACGAACAUCCUGCCAAGGCAGACUUCAACGAGACGGUGCGGGGCUGCGAAAAGUCUUGCAAAGAGAAGAAGGCGCAUUAUAGCGCCCAGGGCCGGCUGGGCUGUCGCUGUCUGGACUUCUUCGAGGUGGUCGCUUCUCUGGACGUGCUUACCUUACAGCCGAAGAGAGCAUGCGACCGCCUGCGGGAAUCCAGCUGGCGCACCUAG